UCCACUUGGAGGUUACUUCCAAGGUGGCGUCGUUUAAUGCUCGGCAGAACUGAUGAGACACCUGACAAACUCUAGUUUCUACUUUGCAAGAGACUGAAAGGCCGCUCUGGUCAUAAUGAGCACAGAGAGAAGCGAGCAGGUCAUCAUUGAUACCUGCUACACUACAGUCCACACACUGGGCAGGAAAAAUGAGGUUAGGCGGCUACGCUACAUGCAGAAAGAUGGCAGCUUCCCUGUGGUUUUCCAGAAGGCCCCUGGACAAUGGACUCUGUACCUGAUAGACAUCUUCACCACUCUUGUGGAGAUCCGCUGGAGGGUGAUGCUCCUUAUCUUUUCCCUCUCAUACAUUUUCUCUUGGCUCUUUUUUGGUCUCUGUUAUUGGCUCAUUGCGUAUGUACAUGGGGAUGUUGAUGAGGCAGAGCAUGCAAUAUGUGUAGACAAUGUGCGUGGCUUUACUGGAGCCUUUAUGUUCUCAAUGGAGACCCAGGCAACUAUUGGCUACGGAUUCAGGGGGAUGACUGAGAACUGUAUCGUGGCAAUAAUUUUGGUGACGGUUCAAGAUGUAUUUAGCUGCCUCCUUGACACCAUCAUCAUUGGUAUUGUUGUUGCUAAAAUGGCAUCUGCUCGUAAGAGAUCUCAAACGGUUGGUUUUAGCAGCUGUGCAGUGGUCAACCUGCGAGACGGGGUCCUGUGUUUGUCUUGGCGACUUGGGGACUUCAGGGGCAAUCACAUCCUGGAGGGUGUUGCCAGGGCUAUGUUAGUCCGCUAUGUGAAACAUCCAAUGGGGUCAAUUGUGAUGUCAUACAAGGACCUGCACAUCCAGAAUCAAGACAUUGUACUCGCCACACCAGUCACUAUUAUCCACAAGCUGGAGCCUGGCAGUCCCCUCUACAGCCUCGGGUCUGACGACCUGCUGGGGGACGACUUUGAGCUAGUGGUGUCUUUCACAUACACCGGUGACUCUACAGGUAUGCUCCACCAGACUCGAACUUCCUACACACCAGCAGACAUCCGCUGGGGCCAGCGCUUCCAGGAAAUGCUGAAACUGGACAAGAGGCACUACAAGGUGGACUACGCUCGGUUCAACGCGACCACGUGGGUGCCUGUGCCUCUGCUCAGUGCAGAACAGUUAGACAGGAGGGGUCGUCCUGUAGAGGGCAGUCAGUCCCGCUGUCCUCUCUUUGCUUCGAAUAAGAGAAAUGGACACACUUCCAAAGUGAAUCCUGAAAUCACCAAAGAGGUGAUGCACCAAACCUGUUUGUAAGGUGAACUUGUGAUGGUCAGUGUGAUGAGAUGCUCUUGUAAACAUGUUUAUAUGAAACUUAUAGUGUUUGUAAGUUUUCUUAAUGCUUUAAAAAAAUAAAAAUAAUGAUACACUAACAUUUAAUACACGUUUCCCUUGUAAAACUCUGAAAUAUGACUUAUGAUCAAAUACAUUAUGUAAUGCCAGCACACUGUGUUGAUCCUCUUUGUAGCUUUACACUGCCACCUUGUGUUCACUGAGCGCGCCUAAUAUCACUCCAGCACUGGUGACUAUUAAAAAAAGUCACAGCUAUCACAAUAAAAGUAAGCCCUACUCCACACUACUCUCAGUAUAUUUGCUUGAUUUGUUGACAUAAAAUGACAAACACAUGACACAAACUCCAAUUUUACCUAAAACUAAAUUUACAAAUCACAACC